AUUUAUUCUACACUCUCCAAGGGAGAGUGGUGACAGAGGAAUUUGUGCCCCAGAAUCGACUGCGUCUUGCUCAGCUCACAGAGCAGCACCCACACAAUGAAGGCUGACUCCCUCCUCCUCCUCCUCUUCCUCCCCACCCUGGGGCUGCUGGUGUCCAGCGAGUCACUGUGUCCUGUGGAUGAAGCCAUCAAUGAGAAGAUCCAAAGCCAAGUCAGCUCCCUAAGUUUAGGGGCUGUGAAGAACAUGGGCCUGGACUGCAGAAGCGUCUCCUCCAGGGGGACCCUGGCCACCUGUCCUGCAGGCUUCGCCGUCACGGGCUGCGCAUGCGGCAUGGGCUGUGGCUCAUGGGACGUGCGCGCCGAGACCACGUGCCACUGCCAGUGCGCUGGCAUGGACUGGACGGCGGCACGCUGCUGUCGCCUGCGGGUGGUCGCCUGAGCCGGGGGUGCAGGG